AUGCGGAUCUCCCUACUCUCGUUGCCCCUCACGUGCCUGUCCAUUGGCCUAUGCAUCACUUCCCUGGUGUUGCCGUACUGGAACUGCGGCCAGUUCUUCACCACAUGCCUCUUCACCAUCGUGCAUAUCAUCAUUGUGGCUCUGAUCUGCGGUGGUCUGGGCAUCAUCACGCUGGUUUUCAUUAUCGAUCUCUGUAACACCUGCAGAGACUCCUGCGUGCCGGGUCAGAUCUGUGCCACCUACCGUCUCCUCUUCAAUGCCAUCGGAUCGGCAGCCCUGAUGGCUGGCACUCUGCUCUACGCGGUGAUGUUCGUCAAGAGUUGGUCCUUUGUGCUCUGUCUCAUAGGCAGCAUGAUCGCGGUAUUUGUCACGGUGAUAUCGAUUUUUUCCAGCGGCUGCAUCACCGGUCGAUAG